GUUGCGCGAAGCUGAAAAUUUUGGCGCCCCGGACUCAACCAAACACCGGCAGAGACAGUUUACUCCAUGGCUUUCAGCACUGAUGUGCUACGGUGGUUUUUAGCAGGAUGUCAGAGCUGACCGCGGGCGGCGUUUGUUUGCUGAUGCCUCCCAGGGAAACUUCACAGUAAGAUCUAAGCUCCAGCUGCACGGAGACAGAAACGGCCUUCCUCGCCCGUACAAGGCGAUUAUUUAUCCUCAGGCACCAUGAACAGGAACAAAAUGAAGAGAACUAAGGUUGCUGCUGGGUUAGUCGGGGGGCAGCAGAACAUCUCCUCGUUCUUUUGCUCCAAAAACCAGAAGGCCUUGUCAUUUCACAGAAAAGUGUCCAUCGGCGAGGGUCUACCCGGCAAGACCCAGCCUCAGAUAAAAGAUGGCGAAAACGUUCGAUUCAGAGUAAACACCCCUCCGAGGAGGAGCAUCCUCGGCGACCUGGAAAACCUCCUUUCAUCCUCCCCGGACCUUCUCCUCUCAGUGCCAGAGACGCCCAGCAGUCAGAUCAGACUUUCCUAUUCUUCUCCCUCCGACGGGGCAGGUCGGCAGAACUCCGAGCCGAAGCCGUGCCAGCUGUCCCCCAUCUGCCGUAGUCCCAGCUCCAAAGGCACAAGAGUGAGAAAAAUAAUGAGUGAGGAGGAGAAAAUGAAUAAGAGUCCAAACAUGUCGUCUGGCCCUUUGAAGAGACUCUUCAGCCCCGACGAAGAGUCCCCCAGUGCCAAGAAAGCAAGAACCUCACCCCAAAGAGCUUUGGUUGAUCGCACAGGUAGCAGCCUGAGGCCUCAGACUGGUCCUCUCCCCGCUGACCAGCUGUGCCUCUCACCGGGAGGAGACACCAAGCCCCAGGAGGAUUCAUGUUUUACUAUGAUAACAGAGGCACACACUGGCAGACAUGUGCAGAGCUCCCCGGAUAAGGACUCUUGCGCUAUUGCUGCUGUUUCACAUCAACAAAGCGAGCACGCGAGUUUACGAGUGGCGCAAGAGUCGGAGGUGGUCCGGCAAGAGAGGAAGGCUACCCUGGAAACGCACGGAGACGAGAGCACGGCGAACCCCACGGAGCAAGGCAGAGGUGAGGCGGGUCCGGCGUCCGCCUGUCCCACCGAGGAGGGCCUCGAGGAGAGCUGGUUUAAUGACCAAAUGGACGAGGAUGAAGCCCCCGAGGAUAAAUGCAAAAAGCCUUUUAAGGUGCCUGACCAUGUGAUCCUGUCUGGGGGACCAAAUAACCGCUAUGUGGUUUUGGAUGUUCAGGAGAGACCUGGCCACAAAACGAUGACCAUCUCGUGCUGCAGGUCGCUGCAUCCAACUGAGACCUGCCUGCUCAAAGAUGGAUGGGAGUUGACGGCUGUUUGUCGUGGCGAUGUGGUCCACCUGGAGGGCUGCUCUGAUGGUGGCACCUGGUUGGUUGACAGGGAGCAGGGCUUCCUGGUUCUUCAACCCGACAGCCUUGUCUCGGGGACCAGCAUCUCCAACUCCAUCCGUUGCAUGAGGCGAGCGGUGCUUGGAGAAAUGUUCAAGAGUUUUGACGGCGGCUCUAAGCAGAUGCUGAACGGCACCAUGGUCCACGAAGUCUUCCAGAGAGCAGCUACAGCCAAAGACUUCUCUCUGCAGAAACUGUCCCAGCUGGCCGACGAGGCGCUGCGCAGUCCUCGCUACCUCGGAGACAUGUAUACUUUAGGCGUAAGUCAGGAAGAGAUGAAGCGGGAACUGCAAGAAUACCUGCCAUCGCUGGAGAACUGGGCGAAUGAAUACCUCUGUUCCUCAGCGCCAAAACCAAUCAGCCCUAAAAUUCCCAACAGCAGCAGAGCUCUGAGCAGGCGUCAGGCCCCGGCGGCUGUUUACACGCUAACCGGGCUGGCGGACAUAGAGGAGAACGUCUGGUCCCCCAGAUUCGGCCUCAAGGGAAAAAUAGACGUGACGGCGACGGUUCGAAUUCAAAAGCCGUCAAACGGCUGCCACCGAGCCCCCGAGGAAAAGACCGUCCCGCUGGAGCUAAAGACCGGGAAGGAGUCGAACUCGAUCGAGCAUCGCAGUCAGGUGAUUUUGUAUACUCUGAUGAGCAUGGAGAGAUACAGUCCCGAUAUCGGCCUUCUGCUCUACCUGAAGACCGGUAACAUGCACCCUGUAGCCGCCAGCCACAUGGACCACCGAGAGCUGCUGAAGCUGAGGAACACGCUGGUUCAUCACGUUACCCGCUGCGUGGAGAGAGGAUCCGACCGGAGUCACCUCACCAGACUUCCCGACAUUCUGAGCAACAGACAGACCUGCCAGUAUUGCCCUCAAAAGCUAAACUGCGCUCUAUACGAGAGGGUGGUGGACUCCACCGCUGCAGAUCUGAGUGACGAGGCAGUGCGAGCCUUUCUGCAGGAGGAGACCGACCACCUGAGUCUGCCGCACCUGAACUACUUCGCUCACUGGCUGCUGCUCUGCAGCCUGGAGGCGUCCAGCAUGGAGGCCAGAAACGGCCGACGGCGCGUUUGGCUGCAGUCUGUUCAGGAGAGUGAGAAGAACGGCAGCUGUGUGGGGAACGUGCAGCUCAGCGGCUCAGUGACCGCUCAGUCUGACGGCGUCUUCCUCCACCGUUUCCUGCGCCGCGCCGCUGCCCCCCGGCAGGAUGUGGCUCACUGGGGUCUGACUAGCGGAGACCGCGUCGUCGUCAGCGACCAGGAGGGCCGUCUUAUCGGCUUAGCGACAGGAUACCUCAGAGAGGUCAGCGGGACGUGGGUCAGCUGCACCCUGGACAGGGACCUGUCAAAGUUCAGCGGCGUGUUGUUUCGCCUGGAUGGCGACGAGGGAGUGGUGGGCCUCGGCACUCACCUCAGCAACCUGUCCAGGCUGAUGGAAAAGUCUCAGGACAGCGAGCGUCUGAGGGAGCUGGUUGUUGACCUUCGACCUCCGGAGUUUAUCACCAACCUGAGCUCUGUUCUGCCCAGAGAGGCCAAGGACACGGUGGCCAACAUCCUGAAAGGUCUCAACAAACCCCAGAAACAGGCCAUGAAGAAGGUUUUGCUGUCCAAAGACUACACGCUCAUAGUUGGCAUGCCUGGCACCGGCAAAACUACGACCAUCUGCACUCUGGUCCGCAUCCUGCACGCCUGUGGGUUCAGCGUUCUGCUCACCAGCUACACUCACUCCGCUGUGGACAACAUCCUGCUGAAGCUCAAACGCUUCCGGGUCGGCUUUCUGCGUCUGGGCCAGGGACAGAAGGUUCAUCCAGAGAUCCUGCCGUACACAGAGGAGAGCGCCAGGAAGAAGGACGUGCGAGCGCUCGUGGAGCUGGAGCAGCUUUACAGCAAGGAACUGGUAGUGGCAACCACAUGCAUGGGCAUCAAGCACCCGAUCUUCACGCGCCGGCGGUUUGACUUCUGCAUCGUAGACGAGGCGUCACAGAUCAGCCAGCCGAUCUGUCUGGGCCCACUCUUCUACGCCAAGAGGUUUGUUCUGGUCGGAGACCAUCAGCAGCUGCCACCGAUCGUGCAGAACCAGGAAGCAAGGUCUCUUGGGAUGGAUGAAAGUCUGUUUAAGCGGCUGGAGCUUCAUAGUGAGGCUGUGGUGCAGCUCAACGUUCAGUAUCGGAUGAACAGACAGAUCAUGUCUCUGAGCAACUCUCUGAUGUACGACGGCCGACUGGAGUGUGGGUCGGAGAGGACGGCGUCGGCCCUGCUUGCGCUGCCCUCUCUGCUUUCUGUCCAAUCGGAGCUCACUUCCUACUCGGAGACUCAUCCCCAGCUCGACUUGUCCUGGUUGCAGGCCGCGCUGCUGCCCUGCAACCCAGUGUGCUUCCUGGACUGCUCAGCGGUUCCUGCCUUGGAGUCGGUGGAACAGGGAGGAGUGAGCAACCACACUGAAGCUGCUCUCAUUCACAUCCUUCUUUCUCUCCUCAUAAGGGCUGGGUGUAAACCCGGUGAUAUCGGCGUCAUCGCCCCCUACAGGCAGCAGCUUAAGAGCGUCUCUGCCCUGCUGCAGUCCUCUGCGUUCACGGGGGUGGAGGUCAACACGGUGGACAGAUACCAGGGCCGAGACAAAAGUCUGAUUGUCUUUUCAUUUGUCAAAAGCACAGCAGAGGAAGGAAACUUGGGGGAGUUGCUGAAAGACUGGAGGCGCCUGAAUGUGGCCAUCACCAGAGCUAAGCACAAGCUGCUGAUGGUGGGCUCUGCUGCGACGCUGCGGCGCUACUCGCCGGUGGAGAAACUGCUCCGCCAUCUCCAGCAGGAGAACAUGAUUAUCCAGCUCCCACCAGCAGCUCACAAGGCCCUACCCAGCAUGCACCUCUGAGGCAGACCUGACGCCACACCUGGCCAGCUCUCAGGGAUGUAGCUGAAGACUGGAUCAGCUCUAGUGUGCAAAAUGGUGAAAGACAUUACCUCCGUUAUGAUUGGAUGUUCACCAGGAGGCGCAGAGCCUCUGUAUUAACGAGCGAACAGAAAAUCAGAACAAAGUGAAUUUUUGUUUUUACCUCAAACUAAAAUAUUUCAUAAAACGCGUGUUUCAUAUUGGUUUCUUUAAAUGUAAAACUUUUAAUCCAGACCAAUAUGUCAAUUUUAAUUUAAUUAAUAUCCACUUGAAGCAAUAUGCUUCUAAUGUGGAUCAAGGUACUUGACGGGUUAAAACCGUUUCACUGCUAUAGAAGGUAAAUGUGAAUAGUUACACUGUGACUUUUCAAACUGUUAGUUUUACCAAAUGCCUCUUGUAAAUCCACUAAUGGUACUCUAGUUGUAAUUAUUGGUGCUGCAACAUCAUUUAGUUCUGCCAUGGCUCAGAUAAGCUCAUUCUUUAAAUACCUCCGAUUACUUUUUUUAAGUUCUCAUGAAUGAAAGACUAGUGAUUAUUUUCACCGCCUGAGUAAUAAAACAUUCAGCACCUCAGACAUGUAAUGGUACAAUGUUGUUGUUGUUUUUUAUGUAACUGGAGUUUUAACUAUAACCUGUGGUACCGUCUACUUGAAGAGUUCCCCAACAAUAAGGCAUUGUGUUAUUAAACCUGGUUACUGUAACUGAUCCACAGCUAACGAGAGCUAACGCUAACCUGUUUACUCAUUUCUGAUUUCAGCAUUUACAGCAGUAACGACAGGUUUUUGCAUUUGUUUACAUUUUCUCUUGAUCAACUGCGCAGAAACGACAGACCUCCAGCGUUACCAGGAGUGCAUUUUUAUUUUAAACUGUGUACAGAAAAAGUUGUUUAGCAUCUGUGACUUUCACUGUUGAUUCCAACUUCUAUUUAUUGUUUCAGAUUCAUAAAGCUGCAUCGCUAAAAAGGCCUGACUGUGAUUACUGCUUUUUCACCUGUUUACUUGUGGGGUGAUCUCAGAUGUUAUUCUCUUGUCUUGUAACUUUUUUUUCUUUUUUUUUAUAUGUGAAUAAAUUGUGUUUAUUAAAA